AUGUCAAAGUUGUUCACGCCCCUCCAGAUAGCCGACGUCACGCUCGCGCACCGUGUGGUUAUGGCUCCUAUGACUCGCUUCCGCACCGACGAUGGUCAUAUUCAGUCUUCAAUGGCCGUUCAGUAUUACGCGCAAAGAGCCACUGUCCCCGGUACUCUCCUCAUCUCGGAGGCUACAUUGAUAUCGCCCGACCACAGCGGGUUCCCCCACGCGCCUGGGCUAUGGAACGAUGCACAGGUUGAAGGUUGGAAGCGGGUGGUCGACGCUGUGCACGUGCGUGGCUCGUACAUCUUCGCCCAGCUGAUUGCACCCGGCCGUGCGGCGGACGAGGCCUCGCUGCUCAAAGAGGCCGGGCACGGUGUAUUGUCAUCAAGCGCGGUCCCGCUGACGGAUGCCUCGUCCGUCCCCACAGCCAUGUCUGAAAGUCAGAUUGAGUCGGCCAUAGAAGACUUCGCUAAGGCAGCGCGAAACGCUAUGCGGGCGGGCUUCGACGGUGUGGAACUUCACGGCGCGAAUGGCUAUCUCUUGGAUGAAUUCUUGCAAGACACAUGCAACCGUCGGUCGGAUAAGUGGGGCGGAAGUGUGGAGAAUCGUGCUCGCUUUGCCAUUAAGGUCGCGACCGCAGUCGCCAAGGCCGUCGGUGCCAACAAGAUCGGGUACCGCGUGAGUCCGUGGAGUACCUUCCAGGGUAUGCGAAUGGCCAAUCCAAUUCCACAAUUUGCAUACCUGCUAGAGAAGCUGCGGGCUUUGAAGAUCGGGUAUCUUCACAUUGUCGAGUCGCGCGUUAACAACAACGUUGAUAUUGAGAAGACAGAGGGGAUCGAGUUUGCCCUAGACAUUUGGGGUCGAACGUCGCCAGUUCUUGUGGCUGAUCUGGAGUACUCGAAUCACGAUGUUGCUGUUGUUUUCGGGCGGCAUUUUUUGGCGAACCCGGAUCUCCCAUUUCGGAUCCAGCGCGGAAUUGAGCUGAACAAAUACGACCGGCCGACCUUCUACACCCCGAAGCUGAGCGCGGGGUACGUAGACUGUCCAUUCAGCCCCGACUUUCUUUCUAAGAGUGGGGUCAAUUUUGAGGACAGAUGA